AAUACAUUCUAAACAUGAAGGCUUUCACCUCGAACAUGCUGUGGUUCUGGUACUUUUCUACCUGUCUUUCUGCCGUUUGCGGCCAGACUUUGGACAAUGACCACGCUGACACCGUUGUACAGAACACUGACCGAGACAUAAUGCCGAACGUUCAACGCCGUUUAGUUACCAUUGAAUCCCAACACGCUGACAGUUUAUCGCGUAUUGCUGUUCUAGAAGAACAACAACAGCAUCAACUUCAGAUAAUAGCAGAACUUGUAAACUACCGACAAACUGACAAGCAACGAAUUUCUGAUCUUGAAAACCACCGCGAAAACGACCAGCGGCAUAUUUACGACCUUGAAAACAGCAUAAAAUUUGCUCAACGUCAAAUUUCUGAGUUUUCCAAAUACCAAAACAUUUACAAACGCCGAAUCACGAACUUUGAAAAACGGAGAGACAACGACCUGAAGCGAAUAACAAACCUUGAAAAACUCAGCCAAAAUGGUAUACACCGAAUGGCUGCCAUGGAAAUACAGAGGAAAAAUGACCGACAUCAAGUUCUAUUAGUGAAAAGACUAUUAAAGCAGCUUGAAAAACAAACGAUGAAUGAUAAUUUGCCAGACAAACAAAAGGAUGCUCUGUCAACGGAUUCUGUUCCCAUGGAUAAGAUAUUUUCUUGGACGGAGCGAACCCAAAUGAAACACCAACCAAUGACAAGAGUGACAGAAACUAAGCCAACUGUUAUUGCGUUCCGUGCUUCUUUAUCUCACGAUAUUGAUAGAGCAUCGAUAAACAUGCCAAUUCAGUUUGAUCAGAUAUCCCUAAACGUGGGUCGUUGUUACAGUGGUAAUACUGGAGUAUUCACCUGUACAUCGCCUGGAAUUUACAUGUUUUCAUGGACAGUACAAAUACAUACACACAUGAUGUACACAGAACUCGUCCGUAACGGUGGGAGAAUCGCAGUUGGCUAUGCCGGAGACACGAGUUAUGACUCUGCAGGAACUGGUGUAGCGCUAAUUGAGUUGAACCAAGGGGACGAAGUAUUGGUUAGAGUACAUUCUUUCAACCACGUGUCCGAAGCAGGCCAUAUGUUGGGAACCUCUGGUGUGACAUCUUUUUCUGGAUUUCAAGUACAGUAAAAAGUGAAGUUCACCAGGACUAAUUCAUUUCAAUAAUAAUAAGUAUGUUAAAAUAACUGUAAUUCUAAAUAAAAUAACGACUGCAGUCUGACAAUUUAAAAAUAUUCAUAAUUGUCUAGUGAUCAUUCCAGUCAAGUAAUUCCAACACUGUGGCCUUAAGCAUUGUUGAUGUUCUGGUAAUACAA